AUUUCAUUAAUUAUCAUUAAAUAGGUGGAUGGCAGAAAGACAAACAGUACUACAAAGAUGAUAUAUUUGUCAGUGAUAAUGUAAUAUGCAGCCUUACUAUCAAAGUCAGUUAAGAAAACUUGUGGUCUGAUCACUUUUUUCUGAAUUCCUAAUCCUGUCAGCACAGCAGAGAAAUCCCUUUCCUACUUAAAAGUGAGUUUCAAGCACAAAUGCAACGGGCAGUAAAGGGUAGCGCAAUUAUAUGUCUGUAGUUCACAACAACCACCUUCAUCAGAUGAAGUCAUAUCCUGAUACACACAUGCUGGUACACAGCUGAAGGAGAACAAUCUUUUUGUUUGUUGUGUGAGUCUUUCAUGAUCUUCUGUGGGCUGGUAGAAAACACAUUCCUAUCAUUGAGACAUCACCCUUUAUGUUAAUAUUUUGGUCUGCAUUUUUGUCACCAGGCAUUGGCAGAGACGGGUUUUCUGGGGUUCAUGCUGUUGAAAGUCCUCUAGUGUUACUCGGCCACAUGAUGUUAUUCUCUUUUAAUGGCUUUCUUAUUUGCAUUUGAUCUCAGCUGAAGUCCUUUUUUUCCUAUCCCAAUUAAACUGUAAAAUAACAAAACGGGAGAUAAGAACGCAAGCAUUCCCAGACUGAAAAAUGAACUUGUUGUUUUCAGUGUGCGCAGCACGGUGUGGGCGGAGAGCGUGAGGUUGAGCCUUGAGCUAGAAACGCUGUGUCACCGCAGCUGAGGGAGUGAGCGAGCAAAGCGAGUGAACACGAACCGGUUGGGUGUACUCAAGUGUCGGUUGGUGUGUGGGCUUGUUGAUAGCACGGAAAGGGUUAGUUGAGCCAAUAUUACUGUUGCCCACCCAGUGGUGGAGGCAACAUCCUGGUGGGAAACAUCGAUGAUGAGGCGGUUGCGUCAUCACUGUCUGUGUUUCCUACCUCUCUUACUCUCUGCUCUCCCUCUUGCUGAUUGGUGAACAGCCGUCACAUGACCCAGCGCUCUACUUCUCCUCUCCCCUUGUCUUUGACAGUUUCGGCUGCGCCGUGUUUCUCUUUUGGUUUGGUGCUCAUCUGCGUGCGUUUGUACGAAUAUGUGAGGCAAAAACGGAGGCAGGCGGUGUUCGGUCUAGAUCGGGUGCCUCAGAAAAUGUCGGAGCUGUAAUGCAGUGAGCUGCACCAGGAGGAGAGCAGACUCAAGAAACUGAACAGAAGAACUGAGCGAGAAAGGCAGUCGGAGGCUGUUGAAAAAGCACGAGAAAAUGAGAAAUUUGGGGAGACCAAGAGAGCUGGGGAAAAGCAGAAUAAGUGAAGCAGGGAUAGACAUCUGAAGUUAAUCCAGUCAUAGCAGAGUGUGGCUGGCUGACACGCUGAGUAAUGUAAGAGAAACACCAAGCAGGGGUUCUGAGCGAUCUGCAUGGGGAGACAGCUAUGUCCCUUCUCUGUCCUCCACCUCGUCUACCUGGUUAAAUCGGUUCUCUAAACUCCGGCAGUGUUGGAGAGAGGAGAGGACGACAAGGCCUGUCAGCCAGCAAGUGAGCGAGAGGAAACAGUCUGCUAUCACGACGAGGCUGUUAAUGAUAAUGGCAGUGAAGCUAAGGCAUAGCGAUAUGAGGUGUGUUAUUGUAGACUGGAAGACCGGCGAAGACAGAAGCUUUGGAUUGUCUCUAUAUGCGAAUGCAGUGGGUUGAUUACUGGCGACAACUAUCUUCGUUUGGCUGCAAGCUGACGAUCCUGUCUAUAUGUCCUCUUUCUGCAAAGCUCUUCUUUCUAGUUAGGGAAAGUCAAAAUUAUAUCUGACCAGGUUGUCUCUAUAGACUUCCCUCCCUGACUUCCUCCAGAAUCAUCCUUCUCCCCGACUCGCUGUUGUCAGAGUGUUUUUGAAGGUUUCUUCUCCGUUGCCCAGUGCAUUCGCUCUUUUACCUGAUUGUACGAUUCUCAUCGGGUUUCCAUUUUCUUCCCCCAGCAUAGAUGGACUAGCUGACCUCAUUGAGUUUUGAUGCUUGGUCUUAACAUCAGAUGCUCCAAGGAACCCAUUCCGCAUCCUUUGGAUUGUUGCAGAUGGGCCAGCAAGACAGCCUGCCCUUUAUCUACCAGCCCUCUUGUGCAGGUAUCGUCAAUUAGUAGGAUUUGCUUAAAGCCACAAAUGGGAGACGGAAGAGUUUGCAAGAAAGGGGGAUUUGAUAUGAUCGCUGAAUGAUCAAGACGCUACCGGCACCUUCUAGUUUUGUCGAAACUAAACGCUCCGACAAGGGAUGGAAAAAAAUCAGUGAGGAAGAGCGAAUGAUGUUUGCAGCGCGUAUAGAAAAUAGUGUUGCUUUUCUUUGCUUCUUUUCCCUUUUGCCUCUUAAUUGAGAUCAUCUGUUCGCUCGGCAGCCACCGUUUCGCCUCCUCCAUCGAAAGCAGAGGUGCUCGGACGAAACCAAAAUGGUCAUUUUUUGGAGCUUUAGCAGAUAGAUAGACACAGCCUGCAAUGUAACACCAUCGAAUGCAGCAGAGGAAGCAGUGCUGAAGGGCGUGGAUAUAGUCUGAGAGAGGUGUUCUCAUUGGUAAGCGCUCCUCUGCACCAAGCUGUUUCCUAGGCUGCUGCUACCAGCGACUAUCCCCCACUGCUCUCUGUGUUUCUGCUCACUGCACACUCCUCCAUUGCAUUGUACGUACGUGCCUGCCGCGGCUCAGAUAAUGGCCUCUCACUAAGCACACACUGACGAGAGAGAGAGGAGAGGAGAUGGAGGGGGAGACUGCACAAGAGGGAGGGAGGUACGGAGGGAGGGAAGCAAAGAGAGGGGAAGGUGGGGGCUGCGAAGAGAAGCCGACUGCAUGUGUAGUCAAGUGAGAGAAAGAGGAUAUUGAAAAAGGGAAGGGAGGAGCAGACAUAGAUAAUGAGAAAGGAAAAAGGACAGAACAGAAAGCUUUAGCUUUAAGACGAGCCAAGAGAAUGAGUAACGUGUGUGCCGUGCCGGGGGGAGGUGUGGGUUGCGUGCGUUGCUGACUGCGUGUGUGCGCGUGACUGCGUGUAUGCGUGUUUUGGUGCUCGCCGUGUCUGUGUGCCGCACAGACGACAAGGAAUAAAACAACAAAAAAAAGGGAAUACAACCCUGCAAGGACAGAUUGCUUGUGGAUCACCGUACCGGCAAGCAAGUCUCAUGCCCCUCUCCGUCUCCUCCUCUGGUCUCUUCUUUUUUCCCGGCAGCCCGUCUGGACACCUCGGACAGCACUGUUCACAAAGUCACUACAGUGGAUGGCCUCACAAACGGAGGCCAGAUGGAAAUUGGUUCACAUGAGCGCCUCCAGGAAGGCGCGUUGAGCCUGGAUUUGGCCAAUGGGGUGAACCCCUACCACAACAACGAUGAGGCAUCUAUGGAAACAGACGAGCAGAGGACAGGAGGUGUGCCUGAAAGGCAAAGCUGGGUGCCAGGACACAGCAAGGUCAAUGAGACCCAACAGCAGCAAUCAUGCUGGAGCAGCAGUAGUGGUACAACCCCUGCUGAGGGAGUCCACUAUGCAGAUAUAGAAGAUGCCCAGAAUCUGGUAGCUUUUUCUGCUACGGCUAGCUCUUUGCCUCCUUCUUCCUCUUCAUCUUGCCUUGUCCUGCAGCCUAAUACAGCCAAGUUAUAUGAGAAGUUCACCCAAGAGACAUGUGCUGAUGGUGCUCAUUCCAGAGUCUCUGCAGGUGCUCCUGAAACAAGCUGCGAACCUUUGGAAGACCUUGACAUCUUACAGACAGCACUGAGCCAAGCUAAACAUGGGCACAAGCCCCCUAAUUGCAACUGUGAUGGGCAUGGUUGUCCAGACUACAUGGAGUGGUUGGAAAAGAAAAUUAAAUUAGCAACUAGAAGGGAUCAAGGAUCUCACAAAAUGGGUGAUGAGACCCCACAUUUGGAGCAACCCCAUUUGCCACAUCAACAUCAGAUGUACCAACAAGUGAAUGGUGCCCACCAUAUGCCCACUUCGUGUUUGCAACAGCAACAGGAAGUUAAUCAGUACUCUCACCAAGACCAAGUGCCCUCCUCCAAACCCCCUAUUCCUUGCUCCCCCCAGGUGCUCUCCAUAGCCAAGGAGAAAAACAUCAGUCUUCAGACUGCCCUUGCGAUAGAUGCACUCACACAGUUAUCCAGUCCUCAAACAGUCACUGCUCCAGGUCAGGGUUUCAGAAACAACUUUCAUAACCACCAAAACACACCUAGUUUGAUCCCUUCCUCUCUUAAUGACAACUCAUCAUCACGGUCCCAGUCUGUCCCUCCAGGGCUGCAUACCAACCAGCAGGGUGCAGCGUCUUACGAACACCAUAGACCCCAGUCCCAGGGCCAGCCAGCCCGUGCUUCUCCUCUCCCAUCCUCUACCUCUCCAUUUCCAGGUCAGGGAAAAGCUCCAGGUUUCAGUUCUAAUCCACAGCAGUGGCGGCAGGGCUCUGACAAAGAUCCAGAACAGAGGAAUCCAUGGAUGUUCAGAAAGCCUGAGCCCCAUGCUCACUUUGCAAUUGCGCCUCCAAAUAACUCAGACCCCAUGUCAGAGCUUAAACAACUGCUCGGUGACACCAAGUUGAAAAAUGCUUCUUUUAAGCUUCCACUCACACAGCAGCUUAGCUUGAAUCAGAAUGGUGGCAUUCAAGUCCAGGGCAGAAUAAAACAAGAGCCAGACUCUGGUGAGCAUUAUCAUCACACUUCCUCAACUGGACGUUAUGAAAUGUCUAAUGGUCAACAGCAGGGUCAGCAUUACCCUGGAAAUCCUAUGUCUCCUGGCCAAGCAGCCAUACGUCACUCCACUCAGGCAGCUCUUCAACAUCACCUCCAUCACAGGAGGAACCUGUUCUCUACCCACCCACCUGGCUUUGGAGUACCAAGCCCACGUGCACCUAUGACUUGUCAAGACUUGAAAAAAUGGUGGCCCCAGAUGGAUGCUGAAGGUUUGUCAAUUCUGCCAAUCAAACAGGAACCCAAGAGGAGGAAAAACACCCAAGGGUCUCCUGUUAUGAAAUCAGUGGGUGGAAUGGCUAUAGGUCCUGCUCUUCCCAAACCCAAACAGAUAAUCAUCAAGAAGAACAAGCAGAAAGCCUCCAUGCCAACCUUCCUCCCUCAGGCUCAAAUUGCUAUACAAAAACCACCAGUUCACAUGAUGGACACAUCCCCAUCCUUGACCAAUUCCCAAAUAUGCUCUCUCAACCCUUUGGCCCUCCUCAGUAACGCCGCUCAGGCUUCUGCAGCAGGUCUCCCUGCCCCAGAACAAUCUCAGGUAUGCAUUUCCAACACCUCUCCAACUCCUUCCAGUGUUACAACGGGAAACGCCCCAGCUGUCACGGACCCCUCGUCCACAUCUGUGGUUCUUUCAGCCAUCUCAAAAUCAGAAGAAGCAGGCAUCAGUUUAACCUCCACCAACACCAGCAAUGCCACACCUUUGACCUCCACAGCUCCAUCCAACACCUCAUCGUUGCAGAAACUCAUUAACAUAGAUCCAAAGUACGAAGAGCUGAUCCGCCAGUUCGAGGCUGAAUUUGGAAACUUAGCCCCAGACACAUCCCCAAGUCCGCGAAAGGAGGAGACCACACCGGCCCCUAUACUAGCGAAUCAAUCCCUGAUCAGUCCUCAAGACCUCAGUCUUGCAUCAUCUAACACCACCCAGUCUGUCUCCUCAGUCCCUAUUCCUCAAGCCAACACCACACCUCAAUUAGACGAUCAGAAAAUGGAAGUUAGCAAGAGUGACUCAGAUACCCAAAGUGAAUUAACAGUUAGUCAGCCUUCCAAUGAGGGCAGUCAACAUACAAGGCCUGUCAAUGUUUCUCAGAACCAGGAGACUAUUUUGGACAAGCAGCAGCUGCAGCAAAGAAUGUUAGAAGAAGCACUGGGCAUGCAAGACUCUCCACUGCCUAAGCGAAUUAAAAUUGAAGCUUCAGGAGAAUUAGCGGUACUAUCCACCACAUGCUACUCUGAGGAGGGCACACCAGUAAAGGAUGGCCUAAAUUCCUCACCAUCUCUAAAAGGCUUUCUCGACUCCCCCUUGCGCUACCUAGACACCCCUACCAAGAACCUGCUGGAUACUCCGAUCAAGGACCCGCAGUCAGAGUUCCCAACCUGUACCUGUGUGGAACAUAUCCUGGAGAAAGAUGAAGGGCCGUACUACAAUCACCUGGGAUCAGGACCUACAGUAGCCUCCAUACGAAGUUUGAUGGAGAUGAGAUACGGAGAGAAGGGAGAAGCGAUUCGCAUUGAGAAGGUGGUGUACACAGGCAAAGAGGGGAAGAGCUCACAUGGUUGUCCUAUUGCCAAGUGGGUGAUUCGUCGAGGCAGCGAAAAAGAGAAAUUGCUGUGUCUGGUGCGUCAGCGUGCCGGCCACCACUGUGCCAACGCCGUCAUCAUCGUUGUUAUUUUAGCCUGGGAAGGCAUCCCAAGAUCCCUGGCCGACAAGCUUUACCACGAGGUGACAGACACCCUCACCAAAUAUGGCAACCCCACCAGCCGGCGCUGCGGGCUUAAUGACGAUCGUACCUGUGCCUGUCAGGGAAAAGACUCUGAAAAGUGUGGAGCUUCCUUCUCAUUUGGCUGCUCCUGGAGCAUGUACUUUAAUGGCUGUAAGUACGCCCGAAGCAAGACGCCACGCAAGUUCAGGCUACAAGGAGAUCAUCCCGAAGAGGAGGAAAAACUCAGGGACAACUUCCAAAAUCUGGCAACUGAGGUGGCUCCUUUGUACAAGCGACUGGCUCCACAGGCAUACAGCAACCAGUGUGCAGCAGAGCAGCGAGCUCCAGAGUGCAGGCUGGGUUUGAAGGAAGGCCGUCCCUUCUCUGGAAUUACAGCUUGCAUGGACUUCUGUGCCCACGCUCAUAAGGACCAGCACAACCUGCACAAUGGCUGCACAGUGGUGUGUACGUUGACUAAGGAGGACAACCGAAAAGUGGGGGAAAUCCCUGAAGAUGAGCAGCUCCAUGUGCUGCCACUGUACACCGUCUCACUGACAGAUGAGUUUGGCAGUGCAGAGGCCCAGCGCCGCAAGAUGCAAAACGGAGCCAUCCAGGUACUUCAAGCUUUCCGUCGCGAGGUACGCAAGUUGCCCGAGCCUGCUAAAUCUUGCCGGCAACGCCGACUGGAGGCCAAGAAGGCCGCCUCAGAGAAGAAGAAAAGUAAACUCACACAGCAGGCAGGGGAGACACCAGAGAAAACGGUGAUCAAGACUGAACUUUGCAUCAGGAGCUCUCCCCAAACCCCAGGCAUUAAAGAAAUCAUAAAGCAGGAGAUGAAGCCGGACAUCAAACGGGAGCCCAUUAACGGAUCAAUAGAUGGAUACCCUGUGCAGGCAACAGACCCAUUCAAUAACAUCUAUCAAAAUCCUGCCUACUAUGCAAGAGGGGGCCAUUCCCCAGCCGGCCAGCCCUCUGCCGCAGACACAGUAAAUGGCUACCAUCCCAGUCUGCCUGCAAUGCCCUACGGCUUCUUCAACUACCCCCCCAAUGCUCUUUUCCGUCCUAAGUUGAAGACCUAUGAAGGUCGAAGUAAGUUUGUCCAGGCAGAAAGAAAGUCUGAUGCUCAGAGCCCUCAGGGCCACUUGCCUUCCAACAGCCACCCAGAGCAACACAACCAACCAAACAACAGCGCUUACGCCCAGCCUGCCAACUAUAGCCUGUCCCGUCCUUCUUCUGUCUCCUCUGAGCCAUCCAACAGAGGCACUCCGCUCAUCAAACAAGAGCCUAUGGAUGUACCAGUCUAUGAAGGGGCACUGCCAAGCCAGGCUUGUGCAAACACAUCAAGCAGCACCCCUCAGCCUGCACAGUGGCCUGGGUAUAAGAUUAACGGGAGCAUUAUUUCAAAUAACUGGGACAGCCACCUAAACCGUAGACAAAGUUCUGACGUCUCUUCUUUAAAUUCAGACAAGCUGCAGCUUCACCAGCAUGCCCAGCAGCGCCAGUCCUCUCCGUACCCUCAGCAGUGGACUUCCCAUCCAUGUUCAAACCCCCAAAUAGCUUCCACCAAUCCAGCACUCCAGGUACCUGCUUCUCCACCUCCAUCCCCUCACCUUGGCACGGGGCACCAGGGUAACUUAUACCGAGGCGCCAUACGUCACAGUGCUUCGUACCCAGGUACACCACAACCUGUUACCUCUCACUCAGGCUCAGUAACUCCAAGACCUGGGACUCCACGUCCAGGCACCCCAGUCACUGGCAUUCCAGGUCCACCCACCCCUGGACCUGGAACCCCAGGUCCAAGUACCCCAGGUUUAGGCACUCUACGACCUGGCACCCCAGGUCCUGCCACUCCAGGCCCAGCCACCCCUGGCCCAGCCACCCCUGGCCCAGCCACCCCAGGCCCACUGACUCCAGGACAACUUACCCCCAGGCACUGGGCAAGUCCUGCUCCUAGCCCCCAGCCAAAUCCUUGGGGCUUCAGUCCUGCUGCAUAUAGCCCUGGUUUGAAGCACAGCAAUCCUGCAGGAGCCUAUCCCGACAAGAUCUGGUCCAAGACUGGGGAGAACCGGUGUUCCACUCCCCUCGGGAUCCAAGAAAAGGCCUGGAAGUCUUGUGGAGGUUCUCUGGCAGGCAGCACCCCGUCCCCCGCUCCCGAGGGUCGCCUGUUUCCUGAUGCGCUGCAACAGUCCGAUCAGGUCCUUUGCGAUCCCUGCCGAGCCGAAAGCGAUGUUGAAAGUUUCAAGCAUCGUGAAGAAGACGAGGUGUGGUCUGACAGCGAACACAACUUCUUGGAUCCUGCAAUUGGAGGCGUAGCAGUAGCGCCAGCUCACGGCUCAGUCCUGAUCGAAUGCGCCCGGCGGGAACUACACGCCACCACUCCGCUUAAGAAGCCCGAUCGUUCUCAUCCCACCCGCAUCUCCCUGGUCUUCUACCAGCACAAGAACCUCAAUCAGCCGAUGCAUGGCCUGGCUCUGUGGGAGGCCAAAAUGAAGCUGCUGGCAGAGCGAGCACUGCAGAGGCAGCAGGAAGCAGCUCUCCUUGGCCUCUCCCAGGAAGACAUCAAGGCACUCGGCAAGAAACGCAAGUGGGGAUCUUUGUUAACAGGCGCCAGUCCAGGACCUGGACAGUCGAAAGACAAGAAAGACGGGCCAGUGACACGGUUAUCUCACACAUUCUACACCACCUCUAUGGUUACUGUGUCUCCCUAUGCCUUCACUCGCGUCACUGGGCCCUACAGCCACUUUGUCUGAGGCCAGACAGACACAGAAAGACUGAAAGCACCAAAGUGGUGCAGUGGACAAGUAGAGAAGGCAAUGAGCAGGAGAAAUGUCUCUUUGCUGUUUCACAGUCUAGCAUCUCUCCAUCCAGCCUCCUCCAUAGUCUGUAGGGAGGAAGGGGAGUGGGGGACAUUUUUAUUGUUUUUUACCUCAUGUCAGGCAGUGGUUUGGGCUGCAGACACACUGCCUGUGGUGCUCUUCCUCUCUUGUUUCCGGAGAGGAACUCCAUUGCUUUUUCUUGUUUAUAAAAUUUUAAUGAUUCUAAUUAUUGCUAUUAUUAUGAUUGCUAUUGUUACUGUCAAUGAUGUUAUUACAGGUAUUAUUAUAAUGAACACUUGUUUUUUUUUAUUAUUGCUGUUUUCAUUAAUGUUAUUAUUAAUGGGAUAGUUGUUUUUUUGUUGUUUUUAAAAUUUAUUUUUUAAUCAAUCAGUCUGAGUCACUCAGACCGUUGCUUUUUCCAAGUAUGGAAAAACUGUACUCCCUUUUUCUGUUUGAUUUCCUUUCUCCGUGUUAACUCUAUUUGCAGGAGGAGCAGUAAUCUGACCAGUCAGACAGAAAAGUAACAGAAAUGUUAAUCAUGGUUCCAUGCAAAAAAAAGUAGAUUUGAUCUAAGAUUUUUAUCAGAAAAUUAUACCUCAACGAAAAGUCCAAGAAUAAUCUUUGAAUCCUAAGAGGUUUCAUGGAGAGAGUUAGCUUAGUCUCUUCUUCUAAUGGUUAAUGAAACAUUUCAGAAAUAAGACAAACAUGAACAAUGAAACCAAUCAUGAAAAUAAUCCAUUUGAAACAAGAGCAUGGUGAAAAACUCUGUGGCUGGCUGUCUGCGGCUAAGUGAUGCGCUCCUCCUGCUUAUCUGCACUCCUCCAACUUUCGACUGGUGCUCAGCUUCUCUUUCCGAUCGGUUUUCCAUCAGCUUUUUUUCGUGGCACUUGAUGCUGUAUUUUGGUGCUCAAAAGUGGCUCGAGUAGUGUUUGCAAGGGGGUGGGAGGGGUAACUAUUGUUAUUUGGACACAGAUGGGGCACCAAAAUAGAGGCUUUCAUUGUCUUAAAAGACCCUUGGGCGAUAAUUAUGUCGCGCAGAAGGCACGUUUAAUGACAAUGCUUUUUGCUUGACAUAAUUUCCUACUCUUAAAACUGAGUUAUCACUUUAUUUCUUCACAGAAGUAAAAAAGAAAACAACUUGCAAAUGCUCUUCGAGUCAGAUCUGCAAUUUCCACAUGGGUUUUGCUCUUUAUCUUCCUACAUCUGUUUAUUAUCAAUGAAAACUUUCCAGAGUGAACUCUAGAGGGCAGCAGUGACUGCCUGUUCAAACAAGCACUUGAGAACCAUUCAGAAACCAGGCUCUAACCACCCAAGGCCAGCAGAGGGAGCCCUCACUCCCCGUUUGGUGGCCACUGGUAAGACUCAAUAAAGCAGCUCAUCAGGCUGAAGUCUGGAGAUGCAUCUGGAAAGUUCAUCCUGAGCUCUAGCAGAAGGAAAAUGUUGUUGGGACUGCAGUGCUCUUGGUGCUCCUAUACAUACAUUGGUGCUGUCCUUUUAAACUUGAUUUACUACAGAGGGCCCGGUCCUUUCCUCUGUAUGGUGCUGUCAUCUUUCGGGCAGAGCGAGGCAUGUGCUACUGCAGGCGCCUUCCUACCACAGAGCCAGCCAAUCAAAUUGGUGGUUUUUUUGGGGGUCGCAGCUUUGCCACUGGGCUCAAGAACAGGUUCCCGUUGAGGAGUUUUUAGUGUUUAUGCUGGCAGACGGUAACAGAGCCCACUGUCCAGGGCAGAGAAAGCACAGUCAGUCAUGACAUCUCUUAGUAAACACAUCAGCAGCGCUUUCCACUGAGGAAAAACAGUACUGAGAGGUAAAAGGCAAACCAUCGGACGUUACCGUAGCUUCAGGGAGUAGGCGCCCAAAUGCAAAACAUCAAAUACUCUCUCGCUUUGUGUUCUAUAAGUGUAUGAGGAGGUGUGUGUUGUGUGAAAGAACACAUUUUCACCCAAAAACCAAAGAGAGAGACUACUUGAUUGAUGAGCAUUUUCAGUACUUUAAUCACUUAUUAUUUUUUACUUCUUUCACAAUCCUGUAGUUUGCUUGUUGAAAAAGAGAAAAACGAGCGACUGACAACUCUAUAGAAGUGGUUGUUUGGGUCAAGGCCCGGGGCGAAGGACCGCGAUCCGGGCCCCGCGAGGCCUCCAGCUCUCUACCUCACGCCGUAGAGACACUGGUAACCAUCCCGACUUGCUACUGAGGGCAGAAAAUCCCGCAUGUCCCUUUGUGUGCUCUAGGUUUCUACACUCAUUUUAACUUGCUUUUUGUUUUUUUGUUUUUUUUACUCUUAUUUAUUACUACAUUGUGAUGAUGAUGAUGAUGAUUGUCUUUGAUGUUAUUUUCUUUUUCAUCUUUUUUAUAUAGCUAAUACAAAUUGUAAAUAGAGAAGAAAAGAUUUAUAAAAGCACUUUUAAUCUUGAUUUUAACGACAAAAGAAAGAGCCGAUUAUUGACAACUUGAAGCUUAGUUGUUUUUUUGUUUUGUUUUCAUUUUCUCAAGAGAGAGGUAAAAAAAUGUAAAUAUUAAACUAUUUAGGUAAGAUUAUUUAACUGGUGAGGAUAGUAAACUAAAACCAUGGAUGACAUGGGACGGGGUGGGGUUGGGGCGGGGGGUGUUGAAGUCUCAGAAAGCCCUUUGCAACACUUGGUCUCAAUGUGUUGUGUGUAAUCUUUUUUGCUCAGUUACACUGCUGUUUUUCGCUUUCAGAAGUACUGUACCCCAUGUCAGCCUGUAGACGACAAAAGCGCUGUCGCUUUUAGAGAAUUCAUUCAUGAGCCCAGGUAUCUGAUGUGUGGUAUGUGACGGAUAGCUUACUCACCAUGGAGCCACCCCGUCAUCCCCUCUCCCCCCACGACUCCACUCAGUCACUCCACUAAGAGGAUACACAACAAACUGGAACCCCUGGGUUGCAGUUCUGUGCCCACAUUUUCACAUGACAAUUAGCGACAUUGACGAGUGAAAGCCUUACUUUAGCUUCUAGAGUCAAGCUAGGCUAAAUCGGAAGACGGUGAGAUAAGCUAAAGCUAAAGCUAAUCAUUCCCACUUGAGUUGCAGACCAUCUGCUUCCCUGCUUGUGUAGACGUGUCGCUAACUAACUCCUUAUUGUAUCGUUUACUAUUUAAGGAUCCAGACGGCAGAGUUAGCAUGAUGCUAGCAGGAGUUCUACUGGUGCAGCUUGUUUUACCUUUUGAUAUUCAUAUUACAUAACCCACAGUUAUACAUUCUUAAUGGUGCUGAGGAUGUUGUGUCCAACAUUUCUCAUCUGACUUUGUAAAUCUCUAAAUGUUCUGUUUGGGGGGUUCUCUGAGAUGUUGUUGGGGGGGGAGGGGAAUAAAAAGCAGGGGUGGGUGUAGGGGCAGGUCAGACAGGCGGUGCUACAAUGUUAACACAUUAAAAAUUCACUGUGUAAAAAAAAAAAAAUCAUAGGAAAAAAAUGCAAAAUGAAUAUUUGUUUUCCGAGCUCCUCGAAUGUCAAUAAAACUGUAUUUUUAAUCCAAGCAGUUUCGAAGUGCGCGAAGCUGCCCCCUGGUGCUGACUUUAUGAAUAAGUCUUGUUACAACGCUACACGUUUUUUACAUCUCUCUCUGCCGGGCUCGAGGGGCUCUCCGACAGCAGAUCACUUCCUUUAUUAAUACUCAUUCCAUAAAUAUACUUUAAGCUGGUAAAACUAGGAUGAGAAGUAGAAUCAGAAUAUAUAAGGACUGUUAUCUGGGGAUUUAUAUUUGGUACAGCGAGUACCAAAGGCUUUUAGAAUAAUCUUUUUUGAGGAUGUUGUAAAUGUACAUGUUAGAUGAAUGCUAAGGUAUUUGAACAAUCCCAGAAUUGUGUACUGCUUCCCUCUUUUACUCCCUAGUCAUGCACUUCCUUUUUACUCACGCCCAUCUUUUACUUCUAAACCUUGUAUAGUUUGAUGUUCUGAACCACACAAAUAUAGAUAAAAAAAAAAAAUGCAUCUCAUUAUCUAUGGCCCGACUUUGAAAAAUUAUAAACACCUGAUUUACUGAAGACUCUCCAAAGUAGGAACAGAGACUUGAACCCUGGCCCAUAUGAAAAGAUGAAAAUGAACCUACACAAGUGGCAGCUACAUUCCUUUUUUGAUUUGUAGGAUUGUUCUUGGUUCUUUAUUUUUAUGUCAAUGAUGCAGUAUGUAAAAAAAAGAAGAAGUGUUUUUGUUCAGUCUCUCUCUCUCCCUCUCUUUGUAGCUGUAUGGUGUAUCAUGUGAAUACAUAGUGUAUGUGGUUAAAAACCCCACAAUAUUGUUUUAUGUUGCGCGAUAAAUAAAAAAUAUUAAAGUGAAA